AUGACUGAACCGCAAGACUUGCCGUCAAGCGUGUCAGUGGGAUGCGGAGAAGAAGAUGGAAAUGGAGGACGUGAGGAGACCGCAAACGAAGGCGGCACAGCUGCAGGCACUGAAGCGGACAACGACCACGACGACGAUGAAGCGAGUGAGGAUGAAGAGCCUACCGACGAGGAAGAAGAGGACGCGGACAAUGACGCAGAAGGACAGCCUGAAUCGGCUUUCACGGAUUCCUCACCAGAUGAAUCAUCCCCCGCACCACCAGAUGAGCAGGUCUUCGACAAGCAAGGAAGUCAAGGAUCUCCAAAGUUCAAGCAGGCCGCACUGGCGGGCGCCUUCGUGAAAGCACCAGACAACCCACCGGACUCUGAUGACGACAGCAGCGAGGGCGAGGACCAAGACGAACAGUCAGAUGAGGACGAGGUGGAUGAAACACCAACGAGGGGGCCCGCAGGCGAACAGCGUGACGGCGGCGGAAGUUCCUAUGAGGGCGCCGGUGCAGACGGAGACGAUGACGAGCAGGAUGAAAUGGAGGAGGAAGAAGACGAGGACGUCGGUGAGGAUGUCGACGAGGAGAGCGAUGAAGAUGUCGAUGAGGAUGUCGACGAAGGAAUCGAUGAGGAGGACACCGACGAGGAGGACGUCGACGAGGAGGAUGUCGAGACACCAUCGAAUGCGAACACAGGUCAUUCGGUUGAAGGCCACGGCCACGUUGGCGAGGAGACGGGCUCUGGUGGAGACGGUGACCACGAGGAGGAGAAGUCUUGA